AUGCCAUGUGAGGAUUUACUGGUCGGCGACGACAAUGGCAGAAUCUACUACUACUCCAUCGACUGGCCAGAUUCGGAGCCCGGAUCUACAACACUCCUAGUGAAGCUUGAUGCUCACCGACAAAACAUCUGUGGGCUGGGCUGGGCCCCGGAUGGCCGAUGCUUCAUCACUGGCGGCAAUGAUAACGUGGCUCUGCUGUUCAAGGCCGAAGAUGUGCUUGCUUAUGGGCUUGAUCAUGACAUGUCUGGCCCAAGCCGAAUUGAAGCUCGGCGACCACAGCCGGAUUCGCCGCUCACACCGCCGCUUACUCCACACAGAGACGUUCCCAGAAGUGCUCAGCUAGGCCUUGACGCUAUCGAAAGCUUUGCGACUUUGUCGCUUGAUCUACCUGCUACGCCCCCAGCAUCACCACGACGAGGUCGGGCCGAGAUCAGGUCGGAUCUAGGAAAGCAAACACGUCGCAGAGCGCUACGAAGCGACGCACCCCUUCUCGAGAACUCUCUUGCAGAUCAGAUGCUGCCAGGCAUAGCCAACCUCCAGAUCUAUGCGUUUUAUCACGCUGCCGCUGUCAAGGCGAUAGCUUUUGCCCCAUGGCAGCCGAGUCUCGUAGCGACUGGUGGUGGAAGCAACGAUCGUCAGAUCCACUUCUACCAUACCACUUCAGGGACUGCCUUGGCUGUGAUAAACGUAUUUGCGCAGGUCACGAGCCUGAUCUGGAGUACUACGCGGCGAGAGCUCGUGGCUACCUUCGGCUACGCCCAGCCAGACCACAGCAUACGCAUUGCAGUCUUCAGCUGGCCGGAGUGUGAAUGCGUGACAAGCAUUCCGUGGGACCGUAAAGCCAAUGGAGAGAUUGGCCGAGCGCUCUGGGCGAUCCCGUACCCAGGUGGACCGAAUGACGCCAUUCCUUCUCGCAAGCAAAUCGGCGAGGGCUUCGCGGCUUGGGAAGCGGUGCGCAUCAGAGAGAUGCAGAGGCGAAGGGCGGAAGCAGCUCAAGAAGAGGGCACACCGUCUCAAGAACGUGGUCGCUCUGCAGUCCGCACCCCCAGCACAACCCGCUCUCGGUCCACACCAUCUACAAUGUCUUCUCCAGCAGCGCGACGCCGAUGUGAGCGUAGCCUUGCGCGUUCGACUGGUGUGCGUGCGGAGGGCGAGCCAUGGGCGUCCAGGACGGAAGAAGAGGGGAGUCUGAUCAUUGCGUGCUGUGAUCAGACGGUGAAGUUCUUUGAGGUGUGGGCUGGGAAGAGCACCGGCAAUGCGCUGGGCGGAAAAGGCUUGGGUAGCGCGCCCGGUGUGUUGGGUGGCAGCAGAGUGUUGGAGGGCUGGUGCGAAGGGAUUGGUGAGCUGGGAUUAGGGCGUGCAGAUGCUAUUCGUUGA